AUGCGGAUGCUGAGGAACAGAAGGAGGCAGGGGGCAGCACAGUGGCUGAAAGGAGCAGACAGAACGAGGUCCCCUCCUGGCCGCCGACAGGCCCAGAGGAGGCAGGCUCUGGCCGUGCCCGGGCGGGGACCCGGCGCCCAGGUCUACCCGCUUGGCAGGCCGAGCAGACAUGCGCGGGGCCAGGCCUUGUCGCCGGUGCCAGGCGGCCCCUCCCAGGCGCGCACAGACCUGGGCAGCAUCGGCGGCGGCGGGCACUGGCCCGGCCAGGUGCCUUGCUGGAGGCCCAGCCGCCGUGAGCGCAGGGCCGGCGCGGCCCCUCCUGCGUCCUACCUGUGCUCCCGCCAGACCCGCGGCUCGCCCGCCUGGUCGCGGCCCGACCCAGCCCGGCACUCCGCCCGGCCGGCCGAGCGCUGGGCGGGGCCGCCGCCUAGGACAUGCCCGGCGCGGCCCGCACGCUGGCGGCAGCCCCGGCCGAGCCCACGGGCAGAGCGCCGGACCGCGGCCUCGCGCGGCGGGUCCCCUGACGUCUGCGGCGGCACGCUCCGCCCCAACGCGCCCCGCCCCCGAAUCGCCCCGCCCCGUCCCGAAUGCCCCGCCCUCCGGAAACCAGGCUGCGCGCACCCUCCCGUUCAGUCCACCCUAGCCGGUGCAAACGAUCAGGCCGGAGAAACUGACGAUCGACCUUUAUCCCUGGCUCGGGGCUACGCGUCUCCCCACCCUGUGUACCCGACCCUCUCCUCUCCGGCUUCGGCUCCUCCAGGGCUGCGGAACCGGGCGUACAGCUGCCCAGUGUCCUGGCCCAGAGCCGAAUAG